CUGUAAUCCUUGAAACUAUUACUGUCGCUUCAUUGUGAAGUUUUUUGCCUCAAUAUCAGUGUUUGUUACCUAAGAAUGGCAGAGGAUUUAUUGAAUGCAGCCUGAGUUAAAGUUAGACCUGCGGUGAGUGAUUUAUUGGAAGAAAAACCCAACUGGAAGGAAACCACGACUGAAAACGAAGGGACAGCAACAAGUGAACCAGCCCGAAGACUGAGAGCAUCAACUGGACAGAACCCUCCUGACUCAGAGUUUCCAUUGAUUCGGUCAGCAGAAAGUCUGAUUAUUGCCAGCAGGAGGUGCUUAAUUCCACCCGGACGGCAGACAAGCAGACAACAAUCAACCAACCCCAGUCAGAGUCAGAAUGGACACAGAUCUGAACUCCACCAUCUCCGCCUUUCUGUCAAAUUGUGAGGAUCACCAACUGUUCCGGUUGACGAGAUUCUACAAGGAGCGACUGGAGCAGGCGAUUGAGGAGGGUGUGGAGGGAGUCAGCUUCAUGUUAAUGGGCGAGGAUCACUUCUCCGGGCCAGAGUAUCACAGCGUGACUGAGCUCGCUGAGAAGGGAAACCGAGCGGGCGCUUCCAAACUCCUCCUGGAUCUGGUGAUGGAGAAGGGCUCCGGGGCCCGGAGGGUGAUGUGGGAAUCCUUUCUGAAACUACAUCACCAUUUACCGAAGCUGAGCAGAAUAUUGAAUGAAAUACGGGAGCGAGGUGAUGGCCAGUUCGCCUACAUGGACACUGAGCGGGGUUUAUCUGAAGUGCCCGCGCAUCUGAAAGAUGUUCGAAGGAGACACAAGCAGACUCUGCAGGCACAAACUGAAACACUGAGAGUGAACACGAUCUUGAUGAGGGAGAAGGUGAAGGUUUUCCAGCUGGUUGAUCGAUACGCUGAGCUCACGGUCAUUUCUACUGUUCGAGAUCGGAGACUGGUGGAACAUGAGCUGCUGUCAAGAGGCAGAGACCAUGAGGACUGGAAAGAAAAACAUCUCCGUGGUAAGCUGGAAAAAAUCCGGACUGAUCAGUUAUUCAAGAGGAGUUUUGUUCAGAAAUUGAAAAGAUCUGUCUUUGGAAACAAAUCCGGGAUAUCCGCAGCAGUAGCCGGAGUCCCAGGGAUCGGGAAAACAAAAGAUUGUUUAUGA